AUGUAUGAAGGACAUUCAAGUGUUCAUUCAAACACUAAUACUGUUGAUGAUGAUGAUGAACAACUCUUAACAUUGACAACAUUUGAUUCACAACAUGAAACAAUUUUAAUAAAUACUUUAAAUGAAUCAGUUGUGGAUAUUAAUUCAACUAAUGAAGAAAAAUUAUAUAAAAAACCUGUGUUAGAUGAAAUUCAAGUAGAACCACCUGUAACAGACACCUUUCGAUGUUCAAAUAUAUAUGCACGUUAUAUUAUUGCUGCAUGGGCUUUCUUUGGCUUCUUUUGUCUUUUUGCUAUGUGA